ACAUGCUUAACCUACAUGUGUAGUCCACACAGAGAUUAGAGGACCCACACCUACUAUUGGGUCAACAUGGUCCACUGAGGAGAUACAAGAAAUAAGCCCCCACACGGAAGUGAUGACCAAUCAACCAAAUUCUGAUAUGACCAGUGGCCAUAGUCCAAGGGACGAGCUGACUGCAUCACCACUGACCACAACCUUCUCAACACCCCAGCAAUAUUGUAACAGCUCUUAUUUUGGUGCUGUAGUUGGUGAAGGUGUUGUCAUCAUUAUCCUUAGUGUCCUUCUCAUCGUCUCGGUAAUAUAUAUCAUCCAUAUCCGAAAGAUGAUGAAAGACCUAAAGAAGGACCAGAAGAUGCAACACGUAGAUUUGGUCCAGUCUUCAAAUUCGCCUGAAAAAGACACAUGCUUUUAUCAUGAUAUUGAGGAUGUCAGAAAAUCGGAUCCAGCUACAACAUCCGAUGGAGAUAUUCACUACUCCUCUCAGAUAUACGAUCAGAAACGUGAAAAUGUAUCGGAUCCUGACGACACCACUGCACCACAUCACCCUUACAUGAUCUAACGGAGGAAUAUAAAUGGAAUCUGACUUCAGAUCAUUAGAGAGUUUUCGCAAUCACGAGGCGGCCGCUCUAUACAGCGCACCGACUCCUUUCAAAAUGCAAGUCAAAUCACAAUAGCGAGCUGAGAAGCUUUUGUCCUGUUUGUCGAAAGUUGAUGGACCGGGACAGCAGACCAUCCGAAGACUUGCACCUGACGAACAAUUGCAAAUAUAUCGUUAUCCAGAGUCAUAAGACGACGCUUCUAUCCUGGUCCACAAAACUUUAGACGAAAGCCUAUGAGCUCUCCAUUGUGAUUUGAUUUGCAUUUUUAAAUGGAAUUGGUGCGUUGUUGAAAGUAAUCGCUUAGUGGAAGGAGAACCUCUCUAUUGCAACUUAUGAGGGCCAUAACUGUAUCCUAUAACCGAAUUGCUCUUCAUAUAUACCAGUUUAUACCAUGUAUACUGUACAUUUCUGUUGUGAAAGUGGAGACAAGAUAUGUUUCAUGCAUAUCAGGGAAAGGCUAUUCUAGUUAUCUAAAUACUAAGUUUAAUAAAAUUAGUAUUUUACCCUUGCAAUCUUGGCCAAAUAAAGCGGGAAUGCGUUUGACAAAGGUGUUCUUGCGUAUACCAUGUGAAAAGAUGAUUAGAUCCUGAUGUCCGAAAUGAGAUUAUGCUUAUCUUCAGUAGCUAUGAAUGAUUAGUAGAAUGAAUUGUUGUUUGAUAAUAAUAAUGUUUAUUUUCCUUGUUCUACUCUAUAAACUGUGAUGUUUUUUAAAGUUACUUUGAUUUAAUGGUUAAUACAUGUAACUU